AUGGCUACUAAUAUUGACGUUGGACUAGUUGCUGGUACUGCUCAUAAUAUACCAUUUAACAAGGUUUCUUCUUAUAAAUCACAAGGUGACUUAAGAUCCAAAGAGUAUACUCAAUUACACUCAGGUUUAAAUCCUGUCCAUUCCUUACCUUUGAACAACCAGAAGAAGAAUAAAAAGACAUUUAACCAGUUGGAUACUACUGAUAUGUCAUUGUUACAUCAUCCGCAACCGUCUAGUACUGUUAAACAAAAUGACAAUAGUGAUAAGAGCAAUGGAGCAGGACCUGCACCACACUAUCUUCGCGAUGUCAGCAAAAUUCCAAUUGUUACUCCAAGACCAUCAAGCGCAAUGCUACCUUUGUCGAAUGGUCAGCAAGUUGGAUCGCCUCAACUUCCACCAGUGAUUACCCAGGAUAUGCGUGAUCAAACAAACUUGCCCGAUGAACUACCUCAAGUUAACUGCAUAGCAAGAGCAAGAAUUCCUACGACUCAAGGUCCAGAUAUAUUUCUACAUCUCUACGAAAACAAUAUUGAUAGCAAGGAACAUUUGGCAAUAGUGUUUGGAGAAGAUAUUCGAUCUCGAUCCUUAUUCAAGCAAAGACCAGGUGAGACCCAGCAAGAUAGAAUGACUAGAGGCGCAUAUGUAGGGGAGCUUUAUCCCGGAAGAACUACUGCUGAUUCAGACAAUACACGCACGUUGCAUUUCACGCCUGAAGGCGACUUGAUAAUUGAUGACUUGACGUUUGCAGAACCAACUUUGGUGCGCAUCCACUCAGAAUGCUAUACUGGAGAAACUGCGUGGAGUGCAAGAUGCGAUUGCGGCGAACAAUUUGACCAAGCGGGGAAAAUAAUGGGAGAGAAUGGUCAUGGAUGCAUGGUAUAUUUAAGACAGGAAGGUAGAGGAAUUGGUCUUGGUGAGAAAUUGAAAGCAUAUAAUUUGCAAGAUUUAGGUGCCGAUACAGUAGAAGCAAAUUUAAUGCUAAGGCACCCUGCAGAUGCAAGAAACUUUUCACUAGCUACAGCUAUACUACUAGAUUUAGGUUUGGUUGAAAUUAAAUUAUUGACAAAUAACCCCGAUAAAAUAAUAGCUGUCGAAGGUAAACAUCAAGAGGUUACGGUGAGUGAAAGGAUACCUAUGAUACCGUUGAGUUGGAGUCAUUCGCAUGAGAAUGGGUCCAACGGAGUUUCCAAAAAGGGAAUAAAUAGCAAGGAAAUAGAAGGAUAUUUAAGCACCAAGAUUGAAAGAAUGGGCCACCUUUUGGAAAAACCAAUAAAAAUAGGCAAUCAAUAA